UCCGCCUUCGUGUAGUGCAUGUCGGGAUACUCCGUGAACUAAAAAACAAACCCGAACGUCCACACAUCGUUCAGUUUGCUAACAUCAAGCCAACGUUGGCUAAAAUAGUUCUGAUUAAACCGGAAACAUGUCUUCUACACACUCUUUUCCAGGUAAAGGUCCAGACCAACACAAGCGUGUCACCGUCAAACACAACCCUGGAUUCCUGGAGAAACUGGGUGACACUGCAGGGGGAACCGUUCUCGGUGUCGGACUGUUUUUCCUCUCAAUUUAUAUUCUUUUCACCAACGAGGGUCGAGCCCUUCAGACUGCAUCCUCCCUGGACGAAGGUCUCUCUCAGGUGGUGUCUCUGGGGCCUUACCCCUACCUCGAUGUGCAGAACAAUCAGCGUUUAGUUCACCUGUCUGCAAAGCUGCACACCGUUCAGCCUCUCCAUGACCCCAACUACAGAGUGGUGGUGCAGGCGGUGAAGCUGAGGAGGCAGGUGGAGAUGUAUCAGUGGGUGGAGUCCCGCGAGAGCAGAGACUAUCAGGAGAACGGUGAAACCAAGACAGAAACCACGUACUCCUACAACACUGAGUGGAAAUCCGAGUUAAUCAACAGCAGGAAUUUUGAUAAAGAAAUUGGUCACCAAAAUCCCAGCGCCAUGGCAGUUGAGAGUGUGACCGUGGUGGCUCCUGCAGUCCAAGCCGGACCUUUUGUUUUGUCUAAAGGUUUGGUGGACCAAAUCAACAAGUUCCAGACUCUGAGUCUGCGAGAUUUUCCUCGCUCCCUCUUGGACCCUUUCCUCUCUAUUCACGACGAUUACUUUUAUCACACUCAGUUCCCGCUCAGACCAGAGGUCGGGGACGUCCGUGUGCGGUUCUCCUUUGCUGGACUGAGUGGUGAAGACACGCCCCUCGGCCCGGCUCAGACUGUCAGUAUCGUCGCCAUGCAAAGAGGGGAGCAGCUGGUGUCCUUUAAAACCAAAUCCGGCGACGUUCUGGAGAUCCUUUACGAGGAGGAUCUCUCUGCAGAGGAGGUGUUUGCAAAGCAGCAGCAGCUGAACAGCCUGAAGACGUGGGGACUCCGGGCGGCCGGCUGGGCGCUCAUGUUCGUCAGCAUCCAGCUGGUCACACGCAUCCUUCACACGCUGGUGGUUUGGAUUCCCUUCGUCAGGGACCUGGUGUCCGUCGGCCUGAAGAUCUUCGCCCUGUGCGUCUCCUGCUCGCUGUCUCUCGUCGUCAUAGCGGCGGGCUGGCUCUUUUACCGCCCGCUGGUGGCGGCGGCUCUGGCUGCAGUGGGGGUGCUUCCAGUGUUCUUGGCCCGCGCCGGAACGCCAGCCAAGAAGGAUGCAUGACUGUCGUGUUGAUGUCUGCUGCUGCGUGGGCAUCAUUUAGCGUUAAGACUGAUUUAUCCACUGCAGGAUAAAGUCGAUCAGCAGUUUCUACCCCAGAAAUGUUUACGUCUUUGCCGUUUACCUCCAGGACACUCCCACAUGACCGCAGAAACACUGAACUGAAAAGCUUCAUCAUUAUAUCACUGCUUUACUCCAAAAAUGUUUUUGUGUUUGUGCAAAUCAAUCAUCUGCAAUAAUCCUGCAGCUCAGCAUUAAUCCUCUUCUUUCUUGAUUCUGUGGUGGUGGAAGCCGUCUGCUUUCAGUCGGGGGCAAAAUGAUUGUUAGAAAGCAGAACGAUGUUUGUUCAUGAUCUAUAAAAUCAAGAACGAAAUCCUGAAGAACCAAGUUUUCAGUUUAGCUCUUGUUUGAUGAGGAAUAAAAACAGCUGAAGGUGUGGGAUGUUUUCAAAACAA